CGAACGCACCACCACUUCUGACAGGAAAGAAAAAUGUCUUACAACGUCUUUCCGAAGAAUUUGGUACGAAUUUCCGAUGGUAGGGAGCGGCCAUCCGAUCCUGUCGUAUAAAAGUCUUUGGAGCCGCUGCUUUGGGUAGAGUUCGAAAACGUGAUCUCGACAAGAUGCAGACAAGGUACAUCAUAGUGCUGGUUGCCAUGCUGGCCAUAGUCUACGGCCAGUAUAGUCAGUCGGAGCAGCAAAGUCCACAGAAGUUGUUGCUAGCGCCCAAAAGUGAAACCGCUGUUGCCACGGCCGACUCAGCUAAUGAGCAAACGCGUACCAAGAGAGCACCCAUUCUUCUAGGAAAGGCUCUCGUGGGUGGUGCUCUCCUCGGUAAAGGACUCAUCGGCGCUGGAGCUCUGGGCGUCGGUGCUCUGGGUGUCGGUGCUCUAGGUGCCGGUGUUCUCGGCGCUGGAUUGUACAAGUCCGGGUAUUACGGCGGAGGUUAUGGAGGCUACGGAGGAUAUCCCUAUCAUUAUCACAACCAUUAUCACAACUAUCCUCAAUAUGGCUAUGGUUAUCCGGGUUACAGUUACGGCUACGGCUAUGGCGGCUAUGGCGGCUAUGGUGGCUAUGGCGGUUAUUACGGAUAGAUUUACCAAUUCUAAUUAAACAUUAAGAAUUUCGUUGAUGAAUGGAACUGUCUGCUGUAUAAUCGGUACCUGUAAUUUAGAUGAUCGUUAUUUAUUAAUAAUAACCGCUACGUCGUUUUUACAGGAUACCUCUUCGUAUCGCCAAUUUGGAUUAGUUAUAACUUGUAUCUAUAACAAUUUGAUACAUUCUGUAAAAAAUAUUAAAUUUUUAAUAAAUAUAGAAUAAAACCAGAA